AUGGCACGCUCAUUCUAUGAAGACGAAGAACACAUAACACCUGUCCCAGGAACUACACAACCUACAUCACAACAAGACUUGGACUCAUUAUCUCCAAGAUUAAUAAAUGGUACUUCAAUUAGAUCACCUUCAUUCUUGGAAAAAUAUUUUACCAUAAUUAGAAAUUCAAUAAAUAAUACAUGGAAUGAAACUGAAUCAAAAUUAGAUUCUUUAACUUCAUCAUAUCAUACUAAAGAACAACAUUUCUCAUCAACUAUAGCUAAUUUACAUAAUAAAGAUGAAGAUUUACUACCAGGUUCUAUAUAUAUUCUUAUUGCUUCAUUAACUGGUUCAAUAAUAACUCGUCGUUCAAAUAUUUUGUUUAGAGGUAUUGUACCAAUUGCCUUGGGUUUAACAGCUUUUAAAUUAACUUUACCAAAUACUUUUACAAAUUCUACAAGAUUUUUCUAUAAAUUAGAAAAUGAAAAUUUACCAAAAUUAACAAAAGAACAAGAUAAAUUUGUUUCAAAUUUAAAUACUUUUGUUAAAGAUAGUGAAGAUGGUUAUUCAAAUAGUGUUGACAAAAUUGGUUCAAGUUUAGAUGAUUUAAAACAAAAUAUUAAGAAAUAUGGUGGCUUAAAUACUGAUGAUGUUGUUACAAAGAAAUAA